AGAGAGAGACAGAGGGAAAAAAAACGAUGGCAGGCCUGGCUCACCAAUUGACGGGUAGAGAGGAUCCUGGUUCCCCAAAGCGGUUGUUCCCCAUUCUUAAACCUUCCACGACCCUCUCCUCCCUUCCGGCCUGCUUCCACUCUUCUCCGUCAGGAUUUCGUUCCAGAAAUCGAAAGAUGAAGAUCAUUCCGGUGGCUUGCUUGGAGGAUAACUAUGCCUACCUGAUCGUUGACGAGAGCACCAAGGCGGCGGCGGCCGUCGACCCGGUGGAGCCGGAGAAGGUGCUGGCGGCGGCCAGCGAGGUCGGCGCCUACAUCGACUGCGUCCUCACCACCCACCACCACUGGGAUCAUGCUGGUGGCAAUGAGAAGAUGAGGCUGCUGGUGCCAGGGAUUAAGGUCUAUGGGGGAUCCAUGGACAAUGUUAAAGGCUGCACUGAUCAGGUGGAAAACGGAACUAAGUUAUCCAUUGGGAAGGAAAUUGACAUACUGUGCCUACAUACGCCAUGUCAUACAAAAGGUCAUAUUAGCUACUACGUUACUAGCAAAGAGGAGGAAGACCCAGCAGUAUUUACUGGAGACACCUUGUUCAUUGCUGGCUGUGGGAGGUUUUUCGAGGGUACGGCAGAGCAAAUGUACCAGUCCCUUUGUGUUACACUGGGCUCGCUGCCUAAGUCAACUCGUGUUUACUGUGGCCAUGAGUACACUGUAAAGAGCCUACAAUUCAUGCUGACAGUCGAGCCAGAGAACGAAAAAAUGAAGCAGAAACUGGAAUGGGCUCAAAAGCAGCGUGAAGCAAAUCAACCGACGGUUCCCUCAACUAUAGGAGAUGAGCUUGAGAUAAACACCUUCAUGCGUGUUGAUCUGCCUGAAAUACAGGCAAAAUUUGGUGCCAAGUCGGCAGUUGAAGCGCUGAGGACGGUCAGGAACAUCAAGGAUACCUGGAAAGGUUGAUAAACGCAGCUGCCACUCAUACUUGUAGGUGGCGUUUACAGCCGUGCGAUGCUUUGAGAGCUACGUACGUGUUAAGAAGAUAAUAUGCCAGUGUUUCCUUUAAGAAAAACAUAAGAGAAAGGAGUCCAGUCUGCUAAUAUGCUUUGGUAUCAAUCAGAAUACAACUGUUGUGGCAUGUUAAUUACUACUGGUAUGUUAUUUCUUGGCAAAACAAACAAAAACUAUGUUGGCCUGUGGCAGAAUGUCUUGUGUAUAUCUGAAGUCUGUGAUGGUUGGAACUCGCAUACAUUUGAUUAUGAGCAACCUCGGUGCUAGUUGCAAUUAUGUAUGAUAAACUAUGUUUGACUAA